AUGGCGGCUACAGAAGAGACUGCACAGUCGCAACAAAAAGAGAUCCAGGUGCCACAGAUCCCUGAAGAACGGACAGAUGAAGUCGCCGAGGAGAACGACGACGAUAUCGACGACUUGUUCGACUCGGACGACGAAUAUGCUCCCGAGCUGGUUGAAUCUAGUAAUUCGGCCGAUUUCACCAAAACCUACAACCGUCAGCGCAAGCUGAACGAUCCCUCGAUACCCACCGACCACAAGCCUAAAGCCAACACACAGAAGCCUUCUGCAAACACGAAUCUCUCCCUCGACGACCAAGUGGCAUCGUUGUCCAAACAUGCUGGCAAAAUCCGUCUCGAUAGUCGCUUCAGUGGCGCCACAGGUGGUAGCGCAAGAGAUAAGGACAAAGCAGACCGUGCUACGACCGAGCAGGUGCUUGACAGGAGAACGCAGAUGAUUCUCUUGCAACUCAUAAAUCGAGAUACAUUCAGUGAGCUGCAUGGCGUCAUCUCUACCGGCAAGGAGGCCAACGUGUACCACGCCAUCAAAGAGUCAGCCGAGGACGGCGAACAGACACAUCUUGCCGUCAAGGUCUACAAGACUUCUAUUCUAGUUUUCAAGGACAGGGCUAAGUAUGUUGAGGGCGAAUUCCGCUUCCGUCAAGGAUACAGCAAAAGCAACAAUCGGGCCAUGGUGAAGCUUUGGGCCGACAAGGAGCGUCGCAACCUUGCACGUAUCCAUGAAGCCGGUAUACCUUCGCCAGAACCAGUCGCACUUCGCACACACGUACUUGUCAUGGGGAUGGUGGGCGACCGCAAAGGAAAACCUGCACCACGGCUCAAGGAUGUGCGCUUCGAUGGCUUAACAAGCGAGGAAGAAGAUGCCAAAUGGACAGAUCUGUACGUUGAGAUGCUGGCAUACAUGCGCAUCCUGUACCACACAUGCCGACUGGUGCAUGCCGAUCUCAGUGAAUACAAUGUUCUCUUCCACCAAGGACGACAAUGGAUGAUCGAUGUCUCCCAAGCUGUGGAGCACGAUCACCCACGUUCUCUAGAAUUCCUGCGCAUGGAUGUCAAGAAUGUGUCUGACUUCUAUCGAUCAAGAAACGUGGAGGUACUGAGCGAGCGCAAAGCGUUUGCGUUCAUCACUGGCGAGGUAGGUGAGAAGGACGUCAAAGCCAUUGAGACUAUCUCGACAAAGGCUCGAGAGGUGAUGAAGCGUGAGCCACAAACAGAGGAAGAGAAGAAAAGGGAAGAGGAGAAUGAUGACGUCUUCCGCAACCAAUACAUUCCCCAGACUCUCGAACAAGUUUACGACAUCGAGCGCGAUGCUGCACUUGUCAAUGCUGGAGAGGCGUCGUCGUUACCAUACCAGGACCUGCUCGCAUCUAAAGUCACUACCGGUGCCAAAUCGGGGGUUGAUGCUGAAGAUGAUGAGUCUGGAGAGGGAGGCGUGGAAUUGGAGUCUUCAGACGAGUCGGACGGCAGCGAGGUCGAUCAAAGCAUAUUCGAAAAAGGCCCAUCGCGUGGCAAGAAGAACAUGGAUAAAGACGAGAAGACGGCGCACAAGAAAGCCAUCAAGGCUGAAAAAGCAGAGAAGAGGAAAGACAAGAUGCCGAAGCAUCUCAAAAAGAAGUUGGUCACCUCAAGCUCGCGGCGAAAGUAA